AUUAUACAAAAACCACCGAGAAAUUAGUACAACGCUUAAAUUUAAACAAAUUCCUGCAACAUGAGUGAACUAAAUUCGAUUAAUUCGAUGGAACCGGACACCAAUGAAACAAUUCAGGAUAUAGCUAUGAAAUUGGUCACCGAGCAAAUGAAAAACGAAUCCAACCUAACUGGAGGACCCAGCGAGCGGACUAUUUUUGUCCUUGGCAGUAAAGGGGCGGGUAAAUCAACGCUCAUCAACCGAUUCCUGGAUCGGGACGAUAUAACCCGCCCCACGCUGGCAUUGGAAUACUCGUUCGGGCGUCGGACUGCAUCCGGACAGGGUGCUCAGAAAAAUAUCUGCAACGUUUGGGAACUGGGCAGUUUGGUCAACUCAAACCAACUGAUUGAAGUUCCAAUACGAUCCCACGGCCUGGCGACAUUUGCUGCCAUAAUUGUACUCGAUUUGUCCCUCCCGGAUCAACUAUGGACGGACUUGGAGUGCGUUUUGAAUGGAUUGAAGCAAGCUAUCAGCAAAAAUUGCACGACUAAAGAGGUCUCGGACAUGCAGCAGACGAUGAAACAGAAAGUAGGAAUUGAUCACGUGGAUCUGAACACACUUGAGAUACUUCCAUUUCCGGUGAUUCUGGUCGGUGGUAAAUAUGAUGAAUUUCAAAAUAUGGACUCGGAAAUCAAGAAACUUGUGUGUAGACACCUGAGAUCAAUUGCUCAUGCGAUUGGGGCUGCGUUAAUUUUCUACACAUCCAGAAAUGGCUCUCUGGCGAAGAUAAUUCGUGAUGCGAUGAACCAUUUGGGAUUCGGUAGUCCAUCGAACCCAUUCAAAGCAACUGCGAUGGAUCACAAUGGGCCAAUUGUGAUUCCUUUCGGGGGAGACUCUUGGGAGAAGAUCGGAGUGACGCCUACCAACUCUGAACACAUUGGGAUGAGCUACAGCUCCCAAAUUCCGCAAGUUGACACCGAGAAUGUAGCUGUUCCGGAUGAUCCUGCAAAAGAUGCUGGUUUUAAGGAACGUGCAAUUGACGAACUCAGAGCACAGAAGGACGAGGAAUUGAUGAGACUGCUCAAGGAUACAGAGAUUCGGAUGAAGUUUGAGACUGUGCAGUAG